GCCUCCAGGACUCCCUAUUAAAAGGGAGCUGAAUCCAGCUGCAGCAGUUGGAGUCGCGUCUGCUGGAGCUUCUGGUGCUGCUCUGACUGCCCUCACCCGUCGGGAAGAUGAAGGUCUCUGCAGUCAUUUUUGUUCUUAUCAUUGCAGCCUCUUGCUCCCAAACUCUCUCUGGCCCAGUUGGAUCCGACCUCCCAAUCUGCUGCUUCUCUUACACACACCACAAGCUCCCGUGGAAGCUCAUCCUGCGUCACUAUAGCACCAGCACCAGUUGCACGCUGCCGGCCAUUGUGUUCAUCACAAAGAAAGGCCGCCAGGUCUGUGCCAAUCCCAGUGACACCUGGGUUCGAAGUUACCUACAAAUGUUGAAGCAGAACUGAGUAAAGAAAGCGGCAAGCGUAGCUGCUAUCAGGCAUGAGUUGCAUUAUUCUGAGCUCCUGUGAUGGAGCAGAACAUUGGGGCAACAGGAGCUUCAUAAACCCACAACAUCUUCAGGAGGCUCCGGGGGACUGCUGGAAGGACACCACGAGACACCUCGUGUUGGGGUGCUGCUACUUGCCCUUGGCUUGCACAGACCAGUCUGCAACCUCAUCCCUCUGCCCUGACACCUCUGCUGUGGCCUGGGAAGGCCCAUGGGACUGUACCUCUAUUGUUUUUAUAUUAUUUAAAAUUUUCAUUUAAAAUUUCAGAAAUUAUCAUAUAGGAUAGGCAGCACUUUCUUCUGUGGAUAAUAAUGCUAUUUAUGGGCGGGUGGAAGGGAAGGUAUUUAUGGAAGGGUGGCUCAGCAUCUCAGCAUUGGAUGAUGGGUGGCCCUGGCUUACACAUGUGAA